AUGGACUAUCUGAUGGAUUUCAAAGAUCUGGCUGCGUUGAAUUCGCUUGUGGCCGACAUCAGCGAAGCUCUGCGGCAGCAAAUUCUGCGAUACAUUGCCCAUAUUUUGGCCAAUGACUACAGCGCCAUCCCGGCAGACCUGGUCGCGAUGGGCUUCAUCGCGCCCCGUGGCAUGAUAGCCAUGGAGGAGGAGAAGGUGGCCAGGUCCAUCAGUGACGUCUUUCAGAGCCUGGCGGCGGGCGGCACGGCUCAGCAACGCAUUGCAGACGUGCUGCCUGCGCUGGGGAAGAUCAAGCAGCAAUACGGGAGCAUCGGGCAGAUUCCUGCAGCUUUUGUCUACAUCCUGCGUUGUUUCAGCAUUCUGGAGGGGCAUGGCCUGCGGUUGGAUCGCAACUAUCGGAUCGUGGAGGACUGCUAUCCGUACCUGGCCUCUUGGGCCAUGAGGGCUAAGGCCGCGGAUGCUGUGCUGAUCCGCAGCGUCUUGUACGGCAAAAGCGCGGGAAGCAAAGUGGGGGUUCCAGACACCCAACAGGUGCUCAGUUUGCUUCGCGGUUUGACACGAGUAGUGCAGGACCGUGCAGAGGAUGGAAGCAUUGGAGGUGGCCAGUUGGCAGAGGACUUGCGGUCUUCUCUGCGAAGUUUGCGGAAAGCUCGUGCCUUGCAAGAUGUUUUGCUGCAAGAGGUCGCCCGUGCCGUCGACGUGCUUGGCCGGGAGGUGGCCGAGAAGUCCUUGCCUUCGGGCUGGCUUCACUUGGUCGGCAACUUCCAGCGCAACGAAGAGGACGAAGCGGUGCUGGCGGCGCUGCAGCAGUUGCGUGAGGCGAUGCUACAAGAGUUGAUUGCAUCCAUCGAG